GCGACAUCGCGGAGCACAUCCAGGGGGGCCCGCUCGCUUGUGCCUAUAUUUCUAGUGUUGUCUCGUUGUCUUCUCUCCAGCUCUAAAACGGUUCCCUCCCCUCAUUCCCCAGCACCGGGUAUCCACCUAAUCGACUCCAUCACACAAACCUUCUUUUCAUCUCGUGUAUUUCGUGGCCGCUAUUGCACCCGGACCGGCCCCCGUGUAUUGUGUAUUGUGCAAAAAAACAACAGACAACAACAGCGAAACGUUUGUGUGUUUUUCGCCUUCCACAAACCACCGUGGUCGUCGUCGUCGUCGUCGUCUCCGUUGUUGUUGAAGGAUUGCGUGCCCGUUGAAGGUUCCACGGUAGCUCCACGCCACCCGGGGGCCCCCAAACCGUUCCGAGUGACCGAGAGUAGCUAUCGCAUUGCCAACACCCCGUGAGCAGAACCGAGAACGUGUACGCGGCAGCAUGGGAAGCGUAUGCAGAUGAGAGCAGAAGCAAUUCCACAUAGAACGUUCUGCCGCAGCCAACAAGCUUCUCCAACAUAGAGUGCGGGUGCCAGGCCUCCCUCUCAGGCGUGUCUAUGUGUGUCUGUGUGUGGUGGGGUGGUGGGCGAUGAGUGCAAAGUUUUCCUAUCCAGCUGCAAACUUUUCGUUCCAUUCUCCGUUCCGUUCUGUGCUGCCAUUCUGACUCGGUUAGCGUUCCGGGGCGGGCAGGGGUUGAAGUGCUAACGAUGGAAGCAGGGGGCCAGAUUGUAUCCCCUCCGUGAUUCGCAGUCCGGACAUUGCCACACACGAGUGCGAGACUCGUUGCUGAAAAAGGAGCGAGUUUCCGCGAUAUUGCGAUUUCCACAUUUGGACGCCGACUACCGGACUACGACCGGAUUGUACUUUUGCUUCCGUCCCUAGCCAAACGGGCGAAGUAAAGUUGCUUCCGAUGCUGAUGCAUUCCAGCACUAUCGAACGCAGAGAACCGUUCUAGGAAAAGCGGGGACCACCCUGGACGACCGUAAACAACCGAUAGCCGACUGCUGACCGGGACCAGGUGGCGGCUUCAAGCCCUAGAUAGGCGAAGUGCAAACAUUCAACAGUGUGUCCGCGUGUCGGCCUAUGUCAUCUGCAGCUCCUCGGGCCCCCUCCACCUUCACCGCCACCAUUACCACGUGAACAUCACGAUAAGCAUCCGUCAACGAGUUGACGUUACCGCGUUGCGUUGGUUAGUGAUAAGGGUUGUUGUGAGCCGUUCCGCCCGCGUGUGCCCGUGUUUCCGUGUGCGUGUUUGUAUGUGCCGGUGAUAAGGCGGACGGGGGGUGCCGAUGCACCCGUACCAUCCACGAUCGUCAUUUAUCCAUGCAACUCAUCGAAUCGCGAGCAAAAUCGUAGUAACCGUGACAUCCUGAUGCAUCGCUAAGCCCGUAACGUAGUUACCGUAGUGUAGCGUCCACACUGUAGCUGGCCACUAGGGCCUAGUAGCCGUAGAAUCGAUCCGUGACGGCUCGUUGGAGUGGUUGUUGUGCUGGCCAAUGAAUCGUGCUCCGUGAUUCGUCCGUGUGCAGUGUGUAUUCGUGUGGUUUGGUUUAGUGCCUUUAAACAUCCUUUCUCGUGCCAGACCUCGACUCGAAGCCAACCUCAGCAUGGCGGGACUGGCGGACGAUCCGGAGAAGCUGCUGAGCGAGUGGCUCGGCGAGCUGGAGAAUCUGAUCGGGAGCUUUGAUAUCAACAGUGGCACCACGGCAGCACAAGGAAUACAAGCAGCAGCAGCAGCAGCCAACAACGUCGGUAUCGGCGGUAGUCCGGCCGGAGCAACGGCCACAACAGCGCGGCUACGGCCGAAGAGCAACUCAUCAUCGUCGGAGCGUACCGAUUCGUACCGAUUCUCGAUGGCGAACCUGGAGGAAACGCAGGAGGCCGAGCUAGAUGCGAUACUGGGCGAGCUGAGCAUACUGGAGGAACAGGGUGAGCUGCGGCAUGGUCGGAGCCAUAGCCGCACCAAUUCGACGAUAUCGGCCGCCACCAACACGACCCUAUCGUCGGAGAGUGGCUGCAGCAGCGUUGCGGCCGAUACGAUCUGCAGCGGUGGUAGCAUCGCGAGCGGAAUGGCCGGAACCGGUGUGAGCGGUGGUGCAGGCGGAGUAGGAGGUGUCGGUGCCGGUAUGGUGGGUCUGCAUCACCGGGAACCACGCACCGACAGUCCGGACAAUGAUUCCGCCUUCAGUGAUACCGUUUCGUUGAUGUCAAGCGAAUCGUCCGCUUCGAGCAGUGUGAGCACUUCGCACCUCAAGCAUCUGCAGUCAGUGAACGGUGGUGGUGGUGGUGGUGCCGGUGGCCAACAGGGAAUACACCAACAGAUGCUGCUGGAUGGUGGUGGCAAGGCCGCCAAGAUACAUCUGGCACUGCAAAAGCUGGAACAGGCCUCGGUCCGGCGGUUGUUUGUGAAAGCGUUCUCGGCGGACGGUGCCUCAAAGUCGUUGCUGAUCGAUGAAACGAUGAGCUGUGGCCAUGUUACUCGGUUGCU